GCAAUGAAAAACUACUUUGAAAGUUAAGUUUAAUCAAUAAUAAAAAAAAUUCUUGUCAUUCUGUCAGCUAAAAAAAGUAAUAGAAUAAAUAUUGACGCUUUAUGAAUAUUUAAAAAACAUUGUAAGGUAAGUGAUGAAUCCAAUAUAUUAGAGUAGUGUAUUGAGUUGAUGCAGUCAAAGUGACGCAACGGAUGAUCUCAUAAAACUUUUAAAAAAUUAAUUCAAUGAAUAGACCGCUCGGAAUUCUAUCUAACACUCAGUUCUAUGACUUGCCUGGAUUUAGAAUAGAGUGAAAGAAAUUUGAAACUGUUGAGAUUAAAAUUUAUUUAAAUUAUUUACGCUUAUUUCAAUUUAAUCAUUACAUUUUUAUUUAUUUUUUUACGCGAAUUAAGUCUGAAGUUCAUGCAACUAUCUUUUUAUCCUAAUUUUUAUAUCUAGAUCUAUACUUACAUCGUUUUGACUUUAUGCGUCAGUGAUUGAUAAGUUAUCUUAUAUUAUGCCUUCAGGGCUUAUUAAAUGAUACAGUUUCUGUUGUGAACAUAAAUUUCUGUCGGUGAAAUGAACUUUAAAAUGCAUAGUUAUGAUUCCAAAAUAAAUAAAUUGAGUGAAUUUGUAUUCUUCUUCACAACAAUGCAGCUCACGAUAUAAAUUGAGGUAAAUGUACUGCUUACCGUGCGUUUAUAAAUAAAUACUCCUGGUAACGUGGAAUGAGAGUGAAUUAAACUGCUCUAAUAUGCUGAAGCGUAAAAUAAAUUUACUAUUGAUUAUUUGGUCACUUACUAAUAUUAUUUUAUGCGGCGAGUUAACUAAAAUUUCGCAACAACCAUCCAACGUCCUUGAAGAUUUCUUCGGGUAUCGUCAUAUUUCUAUUAUUCACUUCACUAUUCCGGAAAAUGUUAUCAAAGCUAUCUUCAAGUUCACUGCUAAAGAAGCUAAGACUGGAGGAUUGGGUAAUUGUUCGCCGCGAGAUGUUUCAAUUUACUUGAAGUCCGGAAGUAUUCCAUUAGUUCAUCCGGACGGGUCUAAAAUUAGUGCAGAGUUGUUGAAAAACCGAAGAUCAUUUUAUGAGCUUAAUUUGACAAGCGCUGGCGAUCAAUAUGAAAUUUCUGCAACGUCCCCGGCUUCGGGUGACUGGUAUGCUAUUGCAUUUAGAUCGUGGACCGAUCCUGACUCUGAAAAAAUUACUCAACAAGGCAUUGGAACAGCAUGCGAUACAGUUCUGGAUGCCGAAUUAUUUGUAGAACGAGUUGAGCAAUCGUUAUUUGCAAAGAAAAACGAUGACAAUACAGUAACAUUAAAUGAUAAUUCAUUGGAUACUGCUAUAAUUCAAUUUUUUGUACCUGAAGAUCAACAAAUAGUAAAUAUUUCGUUGAUUUCAUCAUGUGAAGAGUGUAAAGUCGCUGCUAAUGUUAUCACGAAGGAAACUUUAACCAGUGCAUUGAUUAAUCAGUCUGAAACGACUCUAGUUUUUAAGCCUUAUGUUAAUUCUUUACAUUACUUGACUCUUUGUCUUCUGUCGGGUAAUGCAACUAACAUUUCAAUCGCAUUACCACUGGACGACUUAUCACUAAGCGACAAUGCUUAUGACAUCAACGAUGACGUUGUGGCUGUGAAUAAAGUACUACUGACAAGGAAAUCUCUUCCAGACUUUUUUUUAUUUGAUUAUGAGCAUUUAUUAGGUAAUUCUAGUAAACCUUCACCCGUUAAUAUUACGGUUGACAAGCUAACAGUAUUAAGUUACCAAGUAGCACCAGUUUAUGAUGUCGGCGGUACUGUUUCUAUUGGUAUUAAAUUAGUUAAGAAAACCAACAAUAUUGUUGUAGUCGGAUGCAUUUCUCUAGGAUAUUAUGCAGGAAUCACGGCAGGCGGAGGAUGUAUAAGACAAAAUUCAAUAACAGCCGCCGAUUUGUGGUCAAAUAACACAAAACCAACAAUUAUUCACAUUCCAUAUCCAGAACCCGGCACUUGGCAUCUAAGUAUGAAAGCUUUUUACCUAGAACCUAAGUGCAAUUGUUCUGAAGAAUGUCGUACAACUGGCUGUAGAUUAUGCAGCUGCAUGAAUGAAACGACGACGAAAGUAGAAACCAAUAUAGCUUCAUCACCGUGCAUCGAGGGACACUGCAAUUCAAAUGGUCGAUGUCUUCAUUACAUGAACGGUGGAUCUGUAUUCUCAGCAUGUUAUUGCAAUGGUGGAUACCGCGGAUUCGACUGCGCGGAUGACACUUACGUUCUAACUGGUGGAAGUAUUCUCGUGCGCUUAUUGCUUCUCACAUUGAGUAAUUUAGCAUUUUUAGCAUCAAGUUAUGUAGCGUUCUGCCGAGAAUACUACACGGAAGCUGUCGUCUACGUCUCGGUGAUGUUCUUCUCAACAUUUUAUCACGCUUGCGAAGCCGGGGAAAAUAUUAUGAGUUUCUGUAUCACGAAGCUCAGCGUACUGCAGUUCUGCGACUUUUACAACGCUCUUUUGUCAAUCUGGGUGACUCUGGUAGCAAUGGCGUCAUUUGGACCAAGGCUCACGGCUUUCUGUCAAAUUAGUGGAGCUAUUAUCCUUGCUCUGGGUGCUGAGUUAGAUCGUACAGCUCUCUGGGUCUUUCUGCUGCCUGCUAUCACUGGCUCCAUUUUAAUCGGAGUAUCUUGGGGCUUACGUUGUCGAAGACAACGAAACUUUGGAUACCCCGCAUCAAGAUAUCGCAAUGUUUAUCUUCCAACUGGACUUGGUCUCGUUUCUGUCGGCUUAAUUUGCUACGCAUUUCUUCAAACGCGUCGGAAUUACCAUAUUAUUCACAGUUUUUGGCAUGUUUGCAUCGCAUUGAGUGUGGUUUUACUUCUUCCUAAGCGUAAACAUAUGAAAUAGUAUCGGAGAUCGCUGGACAACGAUUAUGAGUCUUGCGAUGAAGCUAUUCGUGCAUUCUCAUCGCCCGUUGUCAGCGAUUUUGAUCAAGAAUGUGAUCUGAGUGAUUCGUUUUUGCAAGCAUUGGAUGAAUAAGUGUGAUGAACACUCUUAUAUAAAUAUAAAUAAUUGUGAUUUGAAAUGAUAAAUAAAUUACACAAACUUUAUUGUGAUCUAAUAAGUAUAUUUUACACUUUUGUGUGCUGAUGUUAAAUAUCUAUAUAUUUGUAUAGAAUGCACUUAAUGCACAAAGUAUAAGAUAAAAAAUAUUACAUAGAUAUAUAUUGUGACUAUUAUCUUCCAUAUGAAUAU